AAAGUUACAGUGGAAAAUUUAAAAAGACGACGAGACGAAAACAUCGAAGAGAAGUGAGUAAAAAGCCAAGGCUUCUCCCUCCGUCACUCGUCUCAAAACCCCUCUCUCUCUCUCUCUCUCUCUCUCUCGUCUGUUCUACUCACUCACUAGCUCUCACUCUACUCCCUCACUACCAACCCCCUUUCCCUUUCUUCCUUGCUUGAGUCGACAAAAUAGGGGAUCAAAAUGCAGUUCCUUCUUCUUCUUCUUCUUCUUCCCGUUCUCUUCUAUCCCCUUGACAACCAAUACGUCGCCGGAAAACCGGUUCGUAUUUCGGAAAACCGCGCUUUACUCUCCUUGAAAACAGCCAUUUCGGAUGAUCCCCAGGGUUUCCUCCAGAACUGGAAUUUCUCUACCAGCCACUGCACAUGGACUGGCGUCUCCUGCGACUCUCUCAACCGAGUCGUUUCUCUCGACCUCUCCAAUAUGAACAUCUCCGGCAUUUUAUCACCUGACGUCGGCCAGCUCCGCAACCUUGUCAACCUCACCGUUGCCGCUAACCUCAUUUAUGGUCCCAUCCCACCUGGCAUCUCUUAUAUCUCCGGUCUCCGACUAUUGAACCUCUCCAAUAAUGUUUUCAACGGUACCUUCCCUUCCCAGCUGUCGCGUCUCAAGUACUUGGAAGUUCUUGAUUUGUAUAACAAUAACAUGACCGGAGAUUUACCGGUUGAGGUGUCGGAUAUGCCCAAUCUUCGUCAUCUCCACUUUGGCGGCAACUUUUUCUCCGGUAGAAUUCCGCCGGAGUACGGACGCUGGGAGUUUCUUGAGUAUAUGGCGCUUUCCGGUAAUGAGCUUACUGGUCCUAUACCGCCCACGAUCGGCAACUUAACCAAGCUUCAGCAGCUCUACCUUGGAUAUUACAAUACCUAUGAAAGUGGUAUCCCGGCGGAAAUGGGAAACCUGACGGAACUAGUUCGAUUGGAUAUGGCUAACUGCGGAUUGUCCGGUGAGAUUCCUCAUGAACUCGGUAAGCUUCAGAAGUUGGACACAUUGUUUCUUCAGGUCAAUGGGCUUUCUGGAGAGCUUACUCCGGAGUUGGGGCAGCUGAAGAGCUUGAAAUCAAUGGAUCUCUCGAACAACAUGCUUUCCGGCGAGUUUCCAGAAACAUUUUCCGAGCUCAAGAACCUGACGCUGUUGAAUCUUUUCAGGAACAAGUUACACGGUGCUAUUCCCGACUUCAUCGGCGAUUUGCCGGAACUAGAGGUUUUACAGCUUUGGGAGAAUAAUUUCACCGGAAGUAUCCCUCAAGGGCUUGGAAAGAAUGGGAGGCUUCAGUUCCUAGAUCUGUCGUCCAACAAGCUCACUGGAAAUCUCCCGCCUGAUCUGUGUUUCGGAAAUCGGCUGCAGACACUGAUCGCUUUGGGUAACUUUUUGUUCGGUCCAAUUCCGGAAUCGCUGGGAAGAUGCGAAUCACUGAGCCGGAUUCGGAUGGGAGAGAACUUUCUUAAUGGUACCAUACCUAAGGGGCUUUUUGGCCUCCCCAUGCUCGUUCAAGUAGAACUUCAAGAUAACUAUCUCGUUGGAGGUUUUCCGGAAACUGAUUCAGUCGCCGAGAAUCUCGGGCAGAUCAGUCUCUCGAACAACCAGCUCAUGGGAUCUCUUCCACGGUCCAUUGGAAACUUUUCUGGCGUGCAAAAGCUCCUCCUUGAUGGGAAUUUUUUCUCCGGUAGCAUUCCGGCUGAGAUAGGAAGGUUGCAGCAACUAUCCAAGAUGGAUUUUAGCAACAACAGAUUCUCCGGCUCAAUUGCCCCAGAGAUCAGCCAAUGCAAGCUGCUUACUUUUGUCGAUCUCAGCAGGAACGAGUUGUCUGGUGAGAUUCCACCAGAGAUCACGGGUAUGCGAAUCCUGAAUUACCUGAAUUUAUCGAGGAACCAUCUUGUGGGGAGCAUCCCUGCGUCUAUCUCUACUAUGCAGAGCUUGACUUCUGUUGAUUUCUCCUACAACAACCUCUCUGGUUUGGUUCCUGGAACAGGCCAGUUCAGUUACUUCAAUUCGACGUCCUUCGUCGGCAACCCUGAUCUCUGCGGCCCAUACUUGGGGCCUUGCAGGUUUGGGGUUGCCAACGGUACCCACCAAGGCCACGUUAAAGGUCCGCUCUCUUCUUCGUUAAAGCUCCUUCUUGUAAUUGGUCUGCUUGUCUGUUCUAUUGCAUUUGCCAUUGCUGCCAUUAUCAAAGCUCGAUCCCUGAAGAAGGCGAGCGAGGCCCGUUCAUGGAAAUUAACUGCCUUCCAGAGGUUGGAUUUCACCUGUGACGAUGUGUUGGAUUGCUUGAAAGAAGAUAACAUUAUAGGGAAAGGAGGUGCUGGUAUUGUUUACAAGGGUGUUAUGCCUAAUGGUGACCAGGUUGCCGUCAAACGGCUUCCAGCAAUGAGCCGAGGAUCAUCUCAUGAUCACGGGUUUAAUGCAGAGAUACAGACCUUGGGGAGGAUUCGGCACCGGCACAUUGUGAGGUUAUUGGGGUUCUGUUCCAACCAUGAGACGAACCUUCUUGUUUACGAGUACAUGCCUAAUGGGAGCUUGGGUGAAGUUCUCCAUGGCAAGAAGGGUGGCCACUUGCAUUGGGACACACGAUAUAAGAUUGCUGUGGAGGCUGCCAAGGGACUCUGUUACCUGCACCAUGACUGCUCCCCAUUGAUUCUCCACCGUGAUGUGAAAUCGAACAAUAUCCUUCUCGAUUCCAACUUUGAAGCUCACGUUGCAGAUUUUGGUCUCGCCAAAUUUCUGCAAGACUCGGGCACCUCAGAGUGCAUGUCGGCUAUUGCUGGUUCCUACGGUUAUAUUGCCCCAGAGUAUGCCUACACCCUGAAGGUGGAUGAGAAGAGUGAUGUUUAUAGCUUUGGUGUGGUUCUUUUAGAAUUGGUGAGUGGCAGAAAACCUGUUGGCGAGUUUGGGGAUGGAGUGGACAUAGUCCAGUGGGUCCGGAAGAUGACGGAUUCAAACAAAGAGGGAGUGCUAAAGAUUCUUGAUCCAAGACUGCCUUCUGUUCCUCUCCAUGAGGUGAUGCAUGUAUUCUAUGUAGCAAUGCUGUGUGUGGAAGAACAAGCUGUCGAGCGCCCUACAAUGCGGGAAGUUGUUCAGAUCCUCACAGAGCUUCCAAAGCCACCCAACUCCAAACAGGGUGACUCAACGAUAACGACGAUGGAAUCUUCGCCAUCAUUGGCAGCUGCUACCGCUGGAGAGGAACAGAACUCGACAACUAUUAGAGAGACAAAAGAGCAGCAGCAGCAGCAACAACCAGCAGCAGCAGCAGCACAAUUACCACCUCCAGAUCUCCUUAGCAUAUGAGAUGGGUUGGUGUCUUGUUGUUCUCUUCCAUGAACUGGGUUGGCUUUUGUUUUUAUUAAGCGUUCUUUUGGGGGGUUCAUUUUCUUGUUUCUCCAACUCCAAGAUGGUAAAUGAAUGGUUAAGUUUUGUUCUGUACAGUAGAAUUUGGUAGGUCUUGUUAUAUU